CCCGCCAACACCGCCGCCGUCUUCGAUGACGGCGACCUGGGGCUGACGCCGCCCAAGGCCCCCGUCGUGCAGAGGCAGAUCUUCUCGGCGCGCCAGCCCAGCUUCUUCCCGCAGGACUUCCCGCCGGCCACGCCCUCGCACUCGCCCUUCUUCCCGGCAGCGUCGCCGUCGGCCGCGCCCCAGGGCCUGGGCCAGGGCCCCCAGGGCAAGACACUGUUCGGAGCGCCGCCACAGCAGCCCGCCGCCCAGUCCGGCGGCCAGCCCGGCGCCAACCAGUUCCUGCAGCAGAUCGGCAUCCCGGACAACCUGCAGCAGUUCAUCCUCAGCCCGCCCAAGCAGGACUUCCCCCUGCCCAACGUGCAGCAGGUUCUCCUGGGACAACAGCAGUCCGGCUUCGGGCAGCCCCUCCUCCCCUUCUCGCUGCCCCACAACGCCCCGCAGCCCCCGCAACCCCCACAGCGCCCCGCGCCGCCGCCACCGCCCGCCCAGCUGCCGCUGCAGUCACUGAACGCGUCGCAGCCCAACCAGAAGGAGGAGGUCCAGCUCCUGUACGUGCCCGUGGAGACCCUCCGGCAGCGCGGCCAGCUCGGCCAGCACCAGCAGCGCUUCCUGCAGCCCCAGCAGCAGCAGCUGCAGCCCCAGCCCCAGGCCUCGUCGCAGUUCCCGUCGCAGGCCAGCCCCAACCAGCCGCCGCGCGCGCAGAGCCACGUCCUGCAGUACCACCCGCAGAACCCCAACGGCCAGUUCACGCUGUCGCUCAACCACCCGCCCAACCCCUUCCAGCAGCAGCAGUUCCCGCAGCAGCCGUUCCAGCACCAGUUCCAGCACUUCCCGCCGCUGCCGCAGCAGCAGCCGUUCAGGCAGCCGCCCCAGCAGGCGUUCCGGGACCAGCCGCCGCAGCAGACCUUCAGGGAGCAGCCGCCGCCCCCGCAGUUCCAGCCGCACCACCACCACUUCCAGCAGUUCAACCAGUUCCCGCCGCAGCAGUUCCAGCAGCCGCAGCAGCAGUCGUUCCAGCAGUUCCCGUCGCAGCACCGCUUCGCCCUGCCGUCGCCCUCCACGCCGGCGCCGCCCGCCAACCACCAGUUCUCGCCCACCACCCCCGCGCCGCACCAGCCGCCGCUGUCCGUGUACAUGAGCCCCAACAACCUGCGCCACGACACCAAGAUCACGGACGUGCUGCAGCUCCUGAAGAACGCGCGCACCAUCCCCGUGCUGGACAACGUGUCCCCCGACUCGCCGCAGGUGUUCGUCGGCCCCGCCAACCUGCACCCGCCCAAGGGCUACGCCAAGUUCGAGCUGCCCUACCUGUCGUCGCUGGACACGAACCGCGUGGAGCGCAAGGUCAACAAGCUGCCCUUCUUCGUGGCGCCGCUUUCGUUCCAGCCGCCGCCCGGCUACUCCAAGAUCCUGCUGCCGCCGCCGCACAUCGGCUCCGUCGUCGUCAACUCCAACGUGAGCAGCAGCGCGCCCCAGCAGCAAGCCACCGCGCUGCCCCAGCUCCACGAGAAGGACGUGGUGUACACCAAGACCACGGCCGCGCCGCCGGCAGUGCAGUCCACCGUGACCUUCAGCCUGCCGUCCGAGAUCACGCCCGUGAACCCCCGCCUGCCGACGCUGGUCAACUCGCUGGACGAGGGCCGCACGGUGGAGCAGGCGGCCACCACGCCCGUGUCGCCCGUGCCGGCCUCGCACACCACGCCGCGCCGCCAGCCCUUCCUGCGGCCCACCACCGCCAGCACCGCGGCCCCCGCCACGCCCACCCCCACGGCCAGGUCCACCUCGCGGCGCCCGCUGCCCACGCGCCCGCACCCGCGCACCACGGAGGCCGACCCGUCCUUCCAGAGCCAGCGCGUCAACCUCGGCGCCAACGCCAACAACGCCGGCAACGCCAAGCGCGGCCGCAAGCGCCUCCGCAACCAGCACCGCCUCAACGGCGUCAACGGCGUGCCGCAGGUGCUCGACGACCCGGUGCGCAGCAGCACCGAGACCCUCAACACGCUGAGCCCCACCACCGAGAGCGUGCUGCCGCCGAGGUUCUCCCCGGAGAACAUCAACCUCCUGCAGGACGCCAUCAGCUUCCCCACCGAGCGGCCCGGCUUCGUCAACUCGUUCCAGCAGACCGAGCGGCCCAGCUUCAGCAGCACGUCGUUCCAGCAGACGGAUCGGCCGAGCAGCUUCCAGCAGACGGAGGGCCCCGGUAGCUUCCAGCAGACGGAACGCCCCAGCUUCCAGCAGACGGAACGCCCCAGCUUCCAGCAGACGGAACGCCCCAGCUUCCGGCAGACGGAACGCCCCAGCUUCAGCAGCACGCCCUUCCAGCAGACCGACAGGCCCAGCUUCGUGCAGUCGGAGCGCCCCAGCUUCAACUCGUUCCAGACCGAGUCGCAGCCCAGCUUCACGGAGAGGCCCAGCUUCAGCCCCAGCUUCACGCCGUCCUCGGCGCCCGUCUUCCAGGAGGUGACCACGGAGCGCGCCGUCCUGCAGCCCGCGAGCAUCAACGGCUUCCUGCAGCAGCCGCAGGCCGAAGACCCGCAGAGCUUGAACCAGAUCCAGCAGCAGGAGUUCUUCCCGACGCGCCUGGAGAACGGCAAGGUGCAGUACCAGUACAACCUGCAGCAGGCGGAGAACGCCGAGACGCCGGCCGACCCGCAGGCCGACUUCCAGCCCACGUUCGUGCGGCUGCGCGGGCGCAUCCAGACCCAGCAGCAGCAGCCCCUGCUCCCGCACGUGCCCGUCGAGCUCCAGAAGGCCGUCAGGCCCGCCAGGGUGAGGGUGCGCCGCCCGGGACACCGCCGCCACCCCACCACCACGCCGUCGGCACCAGGCGCCGACCAGAGCCACGCUGACAGCAAGCUGGCGUUCGCGCUGGACAACGGCGACGUGGGCAAGGACAGCCAGUACGGCGAGAAGCAGCCCGCCGCCGUGCCCGUCGACGAGAGCCUGCCCACCGUGCCCGCCCUGGAGGCGCACCCCACCUUCGACUGGGCGGCGCACUCCGGGUCGGCCCUCAAGAACGGCUGGAGCGCGGCCAGCUCCGGCAACCCGCAGGACUUGCCCCCCAUCCAGUACUCGGUGUCCGGCGUGCAAGGCGAGGUAGACGCCAAGCCCUCAGAGCACUCUGACGACCCCAACGACUACCUGGAGCCCAGCCACGGCCGCCCCAGCAGGCCGGCGUCCCUGGACACCAUCUCGGCCCAGGACGUGGACAACGUGAUGAAGGCCCUGGAGGAGGUCGGGCUGCUCGACGAGAACGCCUCGGCGUCACCCGCCCCCGCCUCCGCCCCCGAGCAGGACAUCCUGAAGGAGGACUCGCACAAGAAGGCCGGCGACCCGGCAACGCAGAAGAAGUCGGGCAACGGCCGCCGGCGAGGCAACUGGGUCCGCGUCCGCGUCAAGAGGCCGCGCGACGGACUGGCCACCGCCGAGUCGCAGAACGGUGCGUCCUUCCCCGGCAACAGUGUGCUGGCCGCCGCGCCCGGCGCCAAGGACUCCAUCGUGUUCGACAAGGUGUCUCCGUCUGCACCAUCGCCGUCCGCCGCUGACGUGGAGCUCACCGCCCCCACCACGACGGGCGUGUCCUUCGCGGACGACGCGGUGACCGCCCUGGGGGAGGAGCAGGACGCCGACGCUACCGCCACCACCCCGAAGAUCAGCAGCCUGAGCAUAGCCGCCGACGUCGCCGAGGACGCCGUCAAGGCCGUGGAAGCGUCGGCGGAGCCUUCGGCCGAGCCGUCGCCGGCUGAACCCGCGUCCACCAGCGAACCGUCCGCGCCCUCCACCUUGGCGCCGGUCACCGGCAGCAGCGAGGACGACGCCGCCGACGUGCUGAGAGUGUCCACGACGUCGGCGACGCCCGGCAGCGACGCGCAAGAUGAUGUCGCCCACUGUCGCCACCACCACACCACCACCGCGGGCAACGUGAAGCAGGGCGAGCUGGAGCAGGAGCUCAACAAGUUCCUGGGCAGCACCACCUCCACCAAGGUGUCCAUGGAGACGGAGAUCUGCUUCCGAGGCAGGUGCAUCAAGACCAAGGCCGACAAGGAGAAGAGCAAGAAGCAAGACCAAGUGCCAGUGGAAUGAGGGACCUGAGCGGACAAGAAAAUUUAAAUGGCUACUUUUACCACCUUCCACUUAAAAUGACGUGGACUGGGGUCGGAAGUUUAAAAAUGUACCAAGGGCAGGAAUAUUUUUGAAAUGAAAAUCAUCCUCCCUUUUACCUUUUAAAUUUCACACAAAACAAUUUUUUUCACGCGAACGUAAUGAUAGGGUCGUUGUGCUUGUGUCAAUGUUCGAGGCACACUCAGUCCUCCUGUCGUGAUGUUUUGUUGCCAUUGCCCCUUUCUUCAAAUCUGUUUUGUGAUUUAGGCUUGUGUUUCACUAAAGGACACACUCAAAGGAGUCUCUGAAGGAAGUGGUGUGUCGGUGUUUCCAGGGAUGGGAAUCAGGGGACAGCGGAAUGUAGGUCAUUCCCUGUAGCCCUUAACAAAUGUUUUUAAGUCAUUGUAGGUAUGCUUUUAUUUAUUGUCGCUGUUAAUUUUGACAUAAUCUGGAAUGGAUGACGCCAUCUUGUAGAAACUAUUGCUCAUUACACUGAUUUGCUGCUAGGUAGAAGAGCUUCAGGUCUAUACAAAUAUUGUUUGCACUCUAAGUUUCUUGUAUUAUUUUUUUUACCUUUUGUAAAUACAUAUUUCAUAUUGCAUUGAAACAGUUACUUUGUUUCAAAUCAGCAAUGUCUCUCCAUUUUAAAUAUUUUUGUUCAGAACCUUCUGUCUUUGGUGGUCUCCAAACAUGCCAAAUUCUGUCAAUUCAAUUUUAGAAAUAAAAUUUUUGUAAUCAUGCCCUUAUCUCUGUGAUUUGCUUCUGUUUUCUUUCUUUUAAUCUUUUUGUUUGUUUGGAAGACAGGGUCGCUAUUUUGGUUCAUGCCGGUCUACUUCAGAUUAUGACAUUCCUAAAACUGCAAAAGAGGUUUUCAUUAUAUCCUAAUGAAUUUGGUAAUUUUUAAAUGUUAGAUUAUUAGACACAGCUUGUAUUUAUUUCACGUAAAUUUUAGACUUAUCUCUUCUCUGUAAUCUUUGUAAGUUGGCUUUUGUAAAAACUGCAUAUUAAUGAUAAUUUUAGUUAUUUAUAGGUAAAGUUGUGCUCAUAACAAUGCCGUACAUCAUUUGUAAAUAAAAGUGUAUCAUAAAUGUAAUGAGCACUCUAGACUGAAAUAAAACAAAACAUUGUAAUAAA